UGGUAUCUGACGUCACUCGGGCUGAACCGUACUACAGCACUAGUCUGGCUGGAUGUCUGACUCAGCCACGCAGGUUGUUUGGGGGGAAUAUAUUUUAAACGCACGUUUUAAUGAUAAAGACCGUAAAAGGCUCGCUCCUUGCCCUUGUUUUGGACUACGCGCAUCCUUUGUUUUGGGCGGUUUGUGGAAGUGCGACAGGAGGUUUUGAAGUGUUUAUCAAGAAGAUGUCCAAGGCUCUUGCUCUCUCAUUUUAUAUAUAGACUGAAAAUGUCCAUGUUUGUAUAUUUCUGACCACACCUGCAAAUGAACUCAGAGGUUACUUCAAUAAAUGGUACAUUUUUCUAUGUGGACUAGUGCCAACGCUGCAGAAAAAGCCCAGCGUCCUGAUUCCAGGUCACUGUGUCCCCAAAUUUGAGCUGUCACUCUCCAGCACUCGCCACCCAUCCGACUGUUUUUCUUUUUCUUCUCAUGGGGAUGUUUUUUUGCAUUCCCUGACCCUGUUUGUAAUUAAUUCCAAAUAAGUUUGUACUUUUUUUAAAUGGACCAAAUUUAGAACUGCGCAAUAUCAGCGUUGGGCUGUGGUACUAUUGGAGUUUUAACCCUUACAAGAAACUCAUGCUGAAUGUCAAUGAGCUCUCAGGAUUUAACCCAAGGACUGUUCAAGUGAGUUAGCACUCAGGAUUUUAAACCAGGUCAGUUUUAAACAAGCACCAACUCCAGAAAAGCCACCAGAGCGCUCAUGUGAAAAGUAAAUCAUGAGUUCUGACAGUUUUUUCCAAUACCGUGCACUGUUUGAGUACAAACAGGAGAGGGGAGACGAUAUCUCUCUGCAGCCUGGAGAUCUGCUCACCGUCAGUAAGAUGGCACUGCUGGCAUCUGAGUAUCAGGAGGGUGAUGAAAAGUGCCCCAAAGGCUGGCUGCAUGGAACCAACGAACGCACUAAAGAGAAGGGCAACUUCCCUGGCACCUUUGUGGAGUAUGUUGGGGUCGUGAGGACAGGCCUUACUUCAGGGAAGCCCUGGCCAAGACCUGUGCCACCAACACCUGUAGGGCCUCAGCCUCCAGGGGCUUCAGCUUCAGAGGGCCCCUGUGGAAAGGCAGAUGUUGUGGAGCAGUGUGCUCUGCCUGACCCGUCCCCAGUCGUGGUGCUCCGGCUGACGGAGGCUCUGGAGAGACUGGACUGGGAGAAUGAGCCACUGUACCGAUCUGGCCAGACCUCCACUGGACCUCCAGAAUUACUUCAGGCUUUGAAAACAGACCCAGCGGCGGUGGAUUUUGAGCAAUAUGAACUGUCCACUUUGGCUGAUGCUCUGAGAAGUUACAUUCAGGACUUGCCCUGCCCGCUCAUCCCAGCUGUAGUGUACAGUGAGCUGGUCUACACUGCUCAGGAGAUCCAAAGCAUGGAGGAGUGCGGACAGCAGCUGAAAACAAUCCUGGACUCUCCCAGUGUCCCUCAGGCUAACCACCAGCUCCUGGUUCAUCUGACCCGCCACCUCAGCAAGGUGGCCCAAAGUGGGGGAGCAGCUCAGGCAAGCCCAAGGCUUCUGGCUCUGGCCUACAGUGAAGCCGUCUUCAAAAACAACCACUUCAGUGCGGAUGUAAACCCAGAACACCAUGUGAAGAUUUUGGAGGCACUCAUCAUGGUUGGAGGCCUGGUGGAGAUACAAGCAGCUCCAGCUCUUCCUCCCAAGCCAACAAAACCCAUGACACCAGUAAAUGGCAAUGGUGUGAAAGAAGCCGCCAGCGGCUCACUGCAAGAAGCAGAAUGGUACUGGGGAGACAUAUCAAGGGAAGAGGUGAAUGAUAAAUUGCGAGACAUGCCUGAUGGUACUUUCCUGGUACGGGACGCUUCAACCAAGAUGCAGGGAGAUUACACAUUAACGCUAAGGAAAGGUGGAAACAAUAAGCUAAUAAAAAUCUACCAUCGAGAUGGGAAGUACGGAUUCUCAGACCCGCUCACGUUUAACUCCGUGGUGGAGCUCAUCAGUCACUACAGACAUGAGUCACUGGCCCAGUACAACACAAAACUGGAUGUUAAGCUCAUGUAUCCGGUCUCCCGCUACCAGCAGGAUCAGCUGGUGAAAGAGGACAACAUUGAUGCAGUGGGAAGGAAGCUCCAGGAGUAUCACAAUCAAUAUCAGGAGAAAAGUAAAGAAUAUGACAGACUCUACGAGGAGCAUACAAAAACCUCACAGGAGAUCCAGAUGAAACGUACUGCAAUAGAGGCCUUCAAUGAGACUAUUAAAAUAUUUGAAGAACAGUGUCACACACAGGAGCGCUACAGUAAGGAAUACAUUGAGCGAUUCCGCAGAGAGGGCAACGACAAAGAGAUUGAGAGGAUUAUGAUGAACUACGAGAAGCUCAAAUCCCGUCUGGGCGAGAUUCACGACAGUAAGACCCGGCUUGAACAGGACCUGAAAACGCAGGCUCUGGACAACAGGGAGACAGACAAGAAAAUGAACAGCUUAAAACCAGAUCUCAUUCAGCUCCGAAAGAUUAGAGAUCAGUACCUUGUUUGGCUAAAUCAUAAAGGUGUACGACAGAAACGAAUAAACGAUUGGCUGGGGUUAAAAAACGAGAACACAGAUGAUACCUACUUUGUCAGUGAGGAGGAUGAGAAUCUGCCACACUAUGAUGAGAAGAGCUGGUUCGUGGGGGACCUGAACCGAACGCAGUCAGAAGAUUUGCUACAUGGCAAACCUGACGGAGCUUUCCUCAUCCGAGAAAGCAGCAAGAAAGGCUGUUACGCCUGCUCUGUUGUUGUGGAAGGCGAGGUGAAGCACUGCGUCAUCUACAGCACACCCCGCGGCUUCGGCUUUGCCGAGCCCUACAACUUGUAUAGCACUCUUAAAGACUUGGUCCUGCACUACCACCAGACCUCACUGGUCCAGCACAAUGACUCGCUCAACGUGCGGCUGGCGUACCCAGUGUAUGCACAGAUGCCCUCAGGACCCCGGAGAUGAAGACUUGCCCCCCAAAAAAACUAAACUCUUUACACUCCCAGGAGGGGGGAACAGUUUCUGAACAAAAAACAAACAAAAAAACAUCCAGACAAAAAAAAAGAAAUAAACACUUGCUGCAACACACACGUCAGCCACCUUGGAGUUAUAUAUUUUUACAAGAACAAUUUGGAGGGCAUUCUUUCUAAAGACUGCUUGAUUUGCACAAGGAAGUUUUAAAUGUUUGUGAAUGUGAAAAAAAGCAGAAGGAAGCAGAGGAGGCGAGUUUCAGGUGACCCGCGCUGCUACCUAAACUCCAGCUGGGACUUUUUACAUGCUCCAUUUGAGCUUUUAGCUUGAGCUUCUUCUUCUUUUUUCCCCGAUCUUCCUGCCUUUUUCUCACAUCCUUCCAUUUUUCAUUCAGCUGUUUUUUUUUUUUCCUUUUCUUUUGUUUCUUUCUGUUGUCUUUGCAUAAUUCCUUAAUGAAAAUGUAAGGCAGGAAAAAAUGUUUGAAAUUUCUCAAUCUCUCUCCUUUCUCUUUCUUUCUCUGUCUUUCUCUGUGUUAAACAAAGGUAAAACAUAUGUAGCAAACAGACGACUGACACUUUCCAGAGUGUUCUCACAGUGACUGCUGCUGAACGAGAGGUUGUGGGAUGGUUGUUUGGGAGGGCACACGUGAAAAUGUGUUGUAGUCUUAAAAACAAAGCGUCUUUUAACAAUAACCUUAGAAGUGUUUCUUUUUUUGUCCUUAUUUUCUGUUUUGCUGGAUCAAAAUAUCUGUCCUUUCUUACCAGACAAGAUCAUCACAGUUCAGUACAAAGACCAAAGUUGGCAUGGGGAGGACUUUUAUUAUUAUUCUUAUUAUUAUUUGGCUUAUAUUAAAUGAGCGGCAAGUUAAUACAUGUUUGCAAACGACACAAAAUAGUUUGGGUCUGUGUCCUGUGAAGUACCAAGUUAUUGUUAAGAACCAAAAUCGUAUGCACAGACACAGUUAACAUAAAGCACUUAUAUAGAACUGAAAAGUAAGCGCUGCAUGUUUAUACACCAAAUUUAAAAACAAUGAUUCACAUAUGUGUGUGUCGUUUUUUUAACUAAUGUGGCAUCUAAAUGUCUGGUCUAGAACAAUUGGAUUUGUGUAGCUCACACAUACGAUCAAGAAAACGUCGGAGCAGCGUGUAUGUUACAGCAGAUGUGCUUUAGUACAUAACUUGAAAUAAUAAGUGCAAUCCAGCUUUUGAUGGUAGCGAAGUGGUCUGUCAGAGAGAUAAACAAACUGCUCUCAGUUGCAUCAAAAAGCGAUAAUCACUUGAACCUUUUGAAGAAUUGAUUUAGUUUUGUUUUGUUUUAAAAAAAAAAAAAGCCCCUUUAUUGCCUAGUGCUUCUCUUUUUAGCAGGUUGACUCGUUCUGUAUCAGAAAAGAGAAAAUACACUUUUCAUUGUGGCUGCCUGUUGCUUUUAAUGUCACACAAUAAAACCUUUAUGAAAAUAUAUUUACAGCAUGUCGGUAUGUCAGUUACAUCACUUUCCUGUUUUCUUUUACUUUUUUGUACUAGCAGGUGUGUAGUUGAGUAUUUCAGUUCACAAAGGGUUUUUUUUUUCCUCUCAGUUUUCCCCUUUUCACAGUUUGGCCGUAUACUGAAAGAGUUAAAGUUUUAAAGGCCAUUAGCCAGCUCCCUCACCCACCACUGCAAAUACCCAACUCUUCCCCUCAAUGCACAGCUUGAUAAACAGCAGCUUAUAAACUGCACACGAAAUCACAUACUACUCGCGUUGGUACUACAUUUGGAUAUAGUACACAACAGUUAGAAAAGGACACUCUAUGUAGUAUACUCUCUUAGUAUACUACAUAUAUCGUUUGUCGUUUCACGUGAUGUACCCACCUCGGUUGCAUUCUUGAACUUCUUUGUGGGAUAGAAAAGUGUCCAAACCGAUGCGCAUUUCAAAAUCUCGCCAGAAGUAGUAGGUCAUCCGGGUACGUUUUGUCUAUUGUUUUUCCAAAUACUAGGAAUUCGGACAAACUACUUGACUAACAUUCUGUUUUUUUUUAUUUUUAUUUUUUUAUACACACUACUAAGUAGGGAAGUCCCUGCUGAAAAAAAACUGCUUUAACCGGCCUAGGCUAGUUACAGUAGCUGGUUUUAGCUGGUUGACCAGCCUACAAUGAAAAAAAAUAAUUCAAAGAUGAUUCCUUGGAUUUACUACAUUUUGUUAAAGUUAAGUGCUUGCGAACAAAAUAUUUUUGGGCUGAAUUUAAACAAACAAAUUAAGUUAAACAUUUCAACACAUUUAAAUUGUUUGCAACAAUUUUGCAGACAUCUUUUUCUUCUGUGUAGUUUUAGAGGGGUUUUGGCCAUUCCAGGCUGCUUUCCAGCCAUUUCCAGGUCUUAGUGGUCAGGCUGGGAGAUCACCAGCUAAAAUCAGCUUGACUAGCCUAGCCUGGUUGGGACCUCAGACAAAAACCAGCUAUGUCCAGCUGAACCCAGGCUAGUCAAGCUGGUUUUAGCUGGUCGUAUUUCAGCCUGACCAACUAAGACCAGCCUGGAAAUGGCUGAAAAACAGUCUGAAAAUAGCCCCUCUAAAACCAGACUGGUUGACCAGCUAAAACCAGCCAACCAGCUUAGGCUGGUUUAAGCUGUUUUUUUUGUUUUGUUUGUUUGUUUUUCAUCAGGGGUAUGGGUUUUCGGACGCAGCAAUAGUAAAAUAUAACUUCAACUGAACAACAGUAUAAAUAUUCUCGUCGAAAAACAACUUUCAAAUUGUAUAAAUGAUUACAAAUUUGUCUACGCUCACAAUAGAUGCGUUUUCUCACGAGAUCGGGUUGUUUGUUUGGAUCAGCUGUGUCAUGCGAGACGGGAAACUUUAGUUGGAGUCUUCUGGUGGUUAGUUUGGUGGUGAUGAUGGGGUCCAAACAGACAGAGCAUUCAGUCAGAUCAGCUGUUGAGAUUAACUUACAUCCUCGAGCCCUAAUGAAAACCACAUGCAGCCGAUGGAGAUUUUUUUUCUUUUCCCCGUCCACUGUUUAUUUCAGCUGUUCUUCCUGUUGCUAUUGAAAGUGACUGUGGUUUGAUUGGGUGUUAUUGGCAGAACUCAAUGUUCUUGUCUCGUCUGCUUUACCAUGGCUGUGGUACGGCUUGAUCUCGCUCACCCUGAACAUGCUCGCCUCUGAAAGUUGAUUUUUAGUUCUGUGUGUGCAAGUUGUUCUAGAAAACAUCUGCGGAGCUUUGGUGUUACCAUUUUUACAAUGGAACAUUGUAUGUUGCUGUGUUCAGAAUCACAGGUCCAGCUUUAUUUUUAUUUUGUCCUUAACUUUUUUUUUUAUUUGUUUGUUUUUGCUUGAAGCUGGGUCCCAGAGGGCCCUCCUGUCUAUUACUUGAACUCUUGCAUCACUCACCAUUGAAUGUCUUUACUAAUACAUAGAUAUUACAUUUAUUAAAACACAGGAAAUCCCCUUUAUGGUGCGAAUGGAAAUGUGGGUGAACAUGUUUAAGAUUAGAACUCGUGUGUGUGUGUUUUGUCGAAAUGAAAGGGGUUUAUUUACAUUUACAGAGCUCAGAUAUGACAGAUUAUUGGAGUCCAAUAUAGCACACAUCAUAUUUGAAGAGUUUUAGUUAUUUAAUAGGCUGAUCAACAACAUAUUUUAUGUUCGACAAUUCACGCCAUGUUCGUACAUGAUAUCGAUUGAAGAAUUGUAAAGAAAAACGAAAUGUUUUAAUCACUGUUUUUGCUAUUCUUAUUAGCAGUUUCCCACACAUCAAAACCAAAGAUUUAAGUUUGCUUUGAUUACAUUUUUUGGUUAGUACUAGUCUUGAAAAGAUGCACCCCCCCCCCCCCCGUAUUGCAAUGGCCUUGCUUUCAUGCAAACUUAACUUUGUGUCUUAGUUUUUGGGUUGCUAUCGCCAUCCCCUUGCUUGUCAGACAAACAUCUAUUACUGUCCGUAUAUAUUUGAGGGUUCACCGUGGAUUGGCUGGGGUGAAUUUGUUUUAUUUUGCCAUUUGAAAAAUGAUAGUUUGUUUACCGAACCAAGUUUUGUUAAGCCUCAAAGUGAACAGAUCAGCCUAAAGCUGUUCAUUUUUGCACUCACUUGUUUGUUAUGGGUAUAUGCUUUAUUUGUGUGCGUGUGUGUGUGCCAUCAUAGAUUUUUCUUGUCAUUAAUUUGUCUUUUCAGUCACUAAAGUCACCCAAAUGUAGUGUUUCUAAGCCUUUUUUAUUUACAGAAGUCUCACAGACUCCAGCCAGAGUCUUUCUGGCUCUUUUCUUUGUUUUGUAAAAUUCAUAUUAAGAAAACAGACAACCCUGUACCACACAGAAAUGUAUGUUUUUAUUUGUUUUUUUGGUUGUUUUUUAAGUGAUUGUCAUUCUCUGCAGGGCAGAAAGCAGUGGGGAUUGCUGGCUUUCUUUGUUCCUAUACUCAAGAAAGCAUUUGUUUUUUUAUCGCGAACGUUUUUUCAGGGACGUGAAAAGCAUUGCAUUGGGAAUUCGUAUGAGAGACAUUUACUAGAGUGCUUUUUUUGUAUUGAAGUGGGAAUGGGGGAAGCUUGCAAAUCAUAACAAGCCGACAAAAUCAACAGUGCAUUGCUUCAAAAGCUCAGAGGGUUUGGACAUGAACCAAAACAACUUUUUUUCUUGGACUCUUAACUGCUGGAGUUUUCAGAUAGACACGGUAUACAAAGCAGGUGUUAUGACUAGAAGACCUGGCUAAGGUUAUUUCCGGACUGUUAACUAGCACUGGCUAUUUCCCACUUGUGCAGUUCUGCAAAGUUUUAUUUGCAGUCAGGUUUGAAUAUGUUGUGAUUCUCAUUGGGAGUCUUUUGUGUUCUUACCACAGCUGUCCUACCGUGAUAUCCAGCCCAUUUCUUAUAUAAAAAAAAAAAUAAAAUAAAAUAAAAAUAAAGGUUUUCAGAAAAAGGAAAAAAACGAAAAAAAACGAUCACUCUCCUUCCCACUUUGACAUACGUAAAACCCAGCAUGCUUUGUUACUCUUGACUGUUGUUUUGUGUAUGGAAAAAACUUACAAAAAAAGGAAAAGUAAAAAGAAAAAAACAAGAUGUGGAACAAAACUGUUAAUUGUCUGUUUAUGGUGUAGUCGAAUAUAAAUUUUACUAUAGCUUAUGACUUUUUUUUCAUGCUUUUUUCAGCUGAAAUAAGUUGGAGCCCUUUGUUGCAGUGACAAACUCAAAAUGAUGUUCAGAAAAACUGAGACAGAGGAGCUGAAGCAAUAGACGACAGCGUUUUUCAGUACUGUUUGCACAACCUCUACCGACAUGUAAAAUGCAUCUCAUGGAAAAACCUUUAAAUUUCACUCUCAGAUCGAUGUAUAGUUUAAAUACACACUUUAUUCUGCAUAAUGCAAAAUAUUUCCUCAACACCAGCAGUGUUUUCCUCUCUAAACUUUUAUAGACUCAGCUUGAGCAAUAAGCCACGGGCCUUUGAUGUCUAAAAAAUAAAAAAGCACUCCAAUGAAAAUAAACACGUUGCUCUGGUUCAUAUAACCUUGUAUAAUGUCUUCUUCAGACGAGUUAUGGCACAAAAAGGACACGAGACGCUGAUUUCCUGUUCGUUGCAUGUAGAGAACGAGACGUCAGAAAUCCUCUCUCUCAGUAUUUGAAUAUCAUUGUUGCUUCAGACUUCUCGGUAUUCUUCAGUUACGACAGUUACGACGAAACAUUUUCUUGUAUCUGUUACGAUAGUUUGUAUUGGUUGUAGACUCUCCAUUUGUUAUGAGGUGAACUCAUGUAUAUACUUAAUGGAACUCCACAUUAUUCAGUUCUCUUGCAGAAUAAAGAAAAAUAUUUUGUUCAAAA